AUGUUUUGGAAUCAGGGGCCUCCAGAGUCCGCUGGGGCCUCCAGAGCCCGCUGGGGCCUCCAGAGCCCGCUGGGGCCUCCAGAGCCCGCUGUCCCGAGAGCUGGGCUCAUCUGGAUGGACGACGUGGCCUGCAACGGCACCGAGGACACCAUCCACCAGUGCAGCUUCUCCGGAUGGGGCAAGACCAACUGUGGACACGUGGAGGACGCCGGGGUCACCUGCGUCCUCUGA